AUAUACAUGUAACGUUACAACAUUAUACUAAAUUUGUCUGUUCUUGCAUUAUAACUUAGUAUUACAUAGAGGCCAAAGCUGUACUUCUACUUUCCAAAAUACACACUCUUCAUCCUCAGUUACCAUCAUGAGUAUUGCAUCCAUGUACCCCACCCCACUGUUGUAUUCUAGACGCAGCCUUGGAGAGUUUCUGCAGUUCCGUAGGAGACCACAUGCUGAUGCGGGAGGGACAUCCGGGGUACUUCGCCUACGUGCCGGGCAACAGUUUGUAUCCCUCCGCCAUCGGCGACUUCUUAGCUGCAGCUUUCAACCCGUACGCCUUGGUGAACUACGCCUGUCCCGCGGCAGUCGAGAUGCAGCAUUCCCUCAUCCGCUGGGUGGCGCGCCUCUUCGGCUACCCAGAAUCCUGCGCGGGAAACCUGACGUCAGGCGGGACGGUGGGCAAUCUCAUCGCCAUGGCAACUGCAAGAGAUGAAAAGAAACUACAGGCAAAAGAUUACCACAGUUGCGUGGUGUACUUGAGUGAGCUGACGCAUGACGGGAUUGAGAAGGUUCUGCACACGAUCGGGAUGGGAGAAGCCGUCAUCCGUAAAAUCCCCGUCACCGAGCGGUUCGGGAUGGACCCGGAGAAACUGGCAGAGGCCGUAGAGAAGGACACACAGGAAGGAUUGAUCCCGUUUGCGAUCGCCGCCACCACCGGCACGACCGACGUGGGCUCAGUGGACCCGAUAGACGAGCUGGCGGAUGUAGCUGAGAGGCACGGCGUGUGGCUGCACGUGGACGCCUGCUACGGCGGCUUCUUCGUGCUAUGCGACUCCGUAAAACACCUGUUCAAGGGGGUGGAGAGGGCCGACUCCUUCACAUGCGACCCACAUAAAGGCCUGUUUGUCCCGUUCGGAGCGGGGCUGGUGCUGGUGCGGAACUGGCAGCAGCUGCUGACGUCCAACAGACGGAAUCCAGUCAGCACGCUCCAGGACAGGCCCAGCUUCUCCCGCCACCUCAACCCUGAGGACCUCACCUUCGAGCAGAGCACACACUUCCGCGCUGUGAGAGUAUGGCUGCCCCUGCAGGUGUUCGGAGUUGGGACGUUCCGGGCGGCGCUACAGGAAAAACUCUACCUCAGUCGGUACCUGUACCACAAGCUCAAAGCUGUCCCUGGGCUAUUCGUCCUUGAGCCCCAGCUGUCCAUCGUGCUGUUCCGGUACGAGGCCGUGCCCGGACAGCAGGGCUGUUACGAGGCGGAGUUUAACCUGCGGCUGCUGGGACAGGUGUGCCGGGACGGGCAGGUGUUCCUGGCCUCCACCACGGUGCUGGGGCAGCUGUACCUGCGCGCGUGCGUGUUCGCCUUCAGGACGCACAGGGAACACGUGGACACGCUCGUCGCCAGCCUCAGGAACGGGCUGAAGGAGCUGCUGGGGUAAAAUGUUGCGUCGUGCGUAACUGAUAGAGUGUUGGACUUGAGACCUAAUGGAUGACAUCAAUACUCGCCGUGUCCCCGACGUUGUGCCCUUGGGAAAGGCACUUUACACGACCUUCCUCACUUCACCAAGGUGUAAAAACCUGGGG